AUGUUUUGUGACUCUCAACCUGACAGUCUUCUCUGUCCUACAGACGUCGCAGCUCUGGCCGACCUUGGCACUAUCACUCCACGGACUCCACCAUCUACACCUGAAGAGCGUGCAUUCGACCAACUGCCCGAACAAUCCUUGCUCGACUCCAAGUCUCUCAGUAGCCUUCUUGCGGAUCUUCUGGGCCGGGGAAAGCUUCCUGAACACUCACGUGCCGCUUCCAAAGAUAUUGCAAUACCACGACGCGCCCUCCAACGAAAGCUAAGCGAGAUGGGGAGCGACGACAUCUCCGACCUUGCGGAAAUUCGCGGACUGCGCGAAGAUUCCAACACACGUCACGGUUUCUCGGACUUCUGCAUUCAAAACCUGCAGAAGCUGCUGCUUAGCAACAUCGAGGACUCCGGCCCACGUGGAAUUAUCGAAUGCGGCCUGCCCAGCACAGCAGGCCAGGUAGGGGCAGCGAUUGUCAAAGCCGAGAAGGCUACAAUAAUGGCAAUGGAGAACUUCAUGGUGGGAAAUCCGAAAAUGUACUUGCAAAAUAUUGGUCUUUCGGUGUUUGCAGAAGGCUUGAGGGUGAAUGACUUGAGAGUGAAGGAUGCUGAUGUCAAGUCCUAA